GACUUGGCCUUUUUCAUGCGGAUUCUUAAGUCAUCCGGGACCCUCAAAUGCAAGCCGCAGAGAAACUGGCUCCAGGGAGAUUGUGGACUCCCACCCACAUUAAGUUUUGCUGAGCUAGUCACAAGUUUGGAUUCCUAUCACAUUGGGACUGAAGUGACCUAUCGCUGUCGGCCAGGUUUCAUUCGUGUUGGUGGAAAGUCUCCUGUCAUUACUUGUCAAGAUAACUCUACCUGGUCACAACCCUCCGAGUUUUGUGUGGAAAUCCCUUGUCUGCCACCCCCUGAAGUCGCCAAUGGAGCACAUUCUGGUGAGGGGGAAGGCUAUGUCGUCGGAUCUUCAGUGACUUAUACUUGCAAGAGUGGUUUCAGUCUGGUUGGAGAGGCCUCCAUUCUCUGUACCACAGAAGAUAACCUCAGUGGUGUCUGGAGCCCUGCCCCUCAGUGUAAAGAGGUGAAGUGUCCAGCCCCGGUGGUUCCACAUGGGAAAAAAAAGUUUGGAUCAGUCGCUGUCUAUUCCUAUGGAGACACAAUAACAUUUGAGUGCAAUCCUGGCUACUCCCUGAGGGGAGGUGGUGAUGGUGUGAUUCGAUGCACAGAGGAUAACACCUGGAAGCCUUCUGUGCCAAUCUGUGACCCACUCCAAUGUGGGCCUCCGCCAACUAUCAAGAGAGCCAAGCUCAGCCAUUCUGGUCUCUCAGAGAGCUUCCCCAUUGGCACAAAGGUCACCUACGAAUGCCUGAAGGGUUUUCUUAAAAUCCCGGAUAGGUCAGACACCAUAGUGUGCCUGGCCAGCCUUGAGUGGUCAAACCUGCCGGAGUUGUGUGGCCGUAGCUGUCCUGCCCCAGGAGGCUUACCAUUUGGUAAAGUAUCAGAAGAGGAUGUGAAGAGGAGCUUCUAUGCCGUGGGGACCACUGUCCGUUAUGUCUGUCGCGACGGGUAUGACAGGGUCCCAGGACAGGAUUCAACCAGGACUUGUCUUGAAGAUUUAACAUGGUCAAACCCACCAGAGUUUUGUACCAAGAAAUCUUGUGGAGUUCCAAAAGCACCGGAGCACGGCAGAGUUGCUGAUACAACACGGACCCUGUAUCUUGACACAGUACGCGUAGUGUGUGAUGAGGGGUAUCGGUUAUCUGGGAAACACAUCACGUGCAGGCUGAAAGGAAGGGACGUCGCAUGGAGCCAACUCCCUACUUGCGAAGGAUUUCCUAGCUGUAGUGGGGAGGACGUGGGACCUCCCGAUUCCAGUGAGAAGGGGAUGUGCUCUGGAGGAGCAGAGGUGGAGCUGACAGGGAAGUGCUCGCUGAUACAGGGUGCCACUGUCCUCCUCCCACAGCGCCAGGUGUUCAACACCAUUGCAGAUGACACCUGGAAGCUUCUCAGUUCACCGUUACCUGGGUAUUUUCAUCCAGUAUUCACCUUGGUGCACUUUCCUAUAGAAAUCCCUUGUUUGCCACCCCCUGAAGUCGCCAAUGGAGCACAUUCUGGUGAGGGGGAAGACUAUGUCUUUGGCUCUUCAGUGACUUAUACAUGCAAGAGUGGUUUCAGUCUGGUUGGAGAGGCCUCCAUUCUCUGUACCACAGAAGAUAACCUCAGUGGUGUCUGGAGCCCUGCCCCUCAGUGUAAAGAGGUGAAGUGUCCAGCCCCGGUGGUUCCACAUGGGAAAAAAAAGUUUGGAUCAGUCGCUGUCUAUUCCUAUGGAGACACAAUAAUAUUUGAGUGCAAUCCUGGCUACUCCCUGAGAGGAGGUGGUGAUGGUGUGAUUCGAUGCGCAGAGGAUAACACCUGGAACCCUUCUGUGCCAAUCUGUGACCCAGUCCAAUGUGGGCCUCUGCCAAGUAUCAGGGGAGCCAAGCCGGGCCCUUCUUAUCUCUCUGAGAGCUUCCCGGUUGGCACAAGGGUCACCUAUGUAUGCCUGGAAGGUUUUCUUAAAAUCCCGGAUAGGUCAGACACCGUAGAGUGCCUGCCCAGCCUCGAGUGGACAGAGCUGCCAGCGUUGUGUGGCCGUAGCUGUCCUGCCCCAAGAGGCUUACUAUUUGGUAAAGUAUCAGAAGAGGAUGUGAAGAGGAGCUUCUAUGCCGUGGGGACCACUGUCCGUUAUGUCUGUCGCGACGGGUAUGACAGGGUCCCUGGACAGGAUUCAACCAGGACUUGUCUUGAAGAUUUAACAUGGUCAAACCCACCAGAGUUUUGUACCAAGAAAUCUUGUGGAGUUCCAAAAGCACCGGAGCACGGCAGAGUUGCUGAUACAACACGGACCCUGUAUCUUGACACAGUACGCGUAGUGUGUGAUGAGGGGUAUCGGUUAUCUGGGAAACACAUCACGUGCAGGCUGAAAGGAAGGGACGUCGCAUGGAGCCAACUCCCUACUUGCGAAGUACGUCCUACUACUCCCACACCCAAGACUCCUGGAGGAGCUGCCACCAUAAGCACUAGUCCUUCAGUCCAAUGUGGGCCUCUGCCAAGUGUCAGGGGAGCCAAGCCGAGCCGUUCUUAUGUCUCUGAGAGCUUUCCGGUUGGCACAAGGGUCACCUACGUAUGCCUGCAGGGUUUUCUUAAAAUCCCAGAUAAGCCAAACACCGUAGAGUGCCUGUCCAGCCUCGAGUGGUCAAAGCUGCCAGAGUUGUGUGGCCAGGUGAAGUGUCCAGUCCCGGUGGUUCCACAUGGGAAAAAAAAGUUUGGAUCAGUCGCUGUCUAUUCCUAUGGAGACACAAUAACAUUUGAGUGCAAUCCUGGCUACUCCCUGAGAGGAGGUGGUGAUGGCGUGAUUCGAUGCGCAGAGGAUAACACCUGGAAGCCUUCUGUGCCAGUCUGUGACCCACGUAGCUGUCCUGCCCCAGGAGGCUUACCAUUUGGUAAAGUAUCAGAAGAGGAUGUGAAGAGGAGCUUCUAUCCCAUGGGGACCACUGUCCGUUAUGUCUGUCACGACGGGUAUGACAGGGUCCCAGGACAGGAUUCAACCAGGACUUGUCUUGAAGAUUUCACAUGGUCAAACCCACCAGAGUUUUGUACGAGGCCGGGGGCAAAUUCAAGAGAAGAGGCAGCUCAAUAUAAACCAGGGAAUGCAUAUAAAAUAGCUUUUGGUGUUCUAGCACCAGUCGUGGUGGGUUGUUUUUUUUGCAUUCCAGCUGGAGCUAUAUACCAGAAUAAGAAAAAGGGUUCUUAUGAUACAACACCAAGCGCCAUGACACAUCAACGUAUAGGAGACUCUAAUUUCUGGAUGAGAAAAACAAAUGACACCUUGAAUUAAAAAUCUGUUCACGGGAUUGUCUGAUUUAUGGCUGAAUGUCUCCAGAUUAUCUCUGAUUUACCAAUUAGGACACAUAAAAUUGGCAGAAAAGCAUGGAAAAGCUUACUGAAUCUGUCUAGAGAAGUGAGAUCUCUUUAAGGCUACUGCUGGUAUUUGUACUAUAAUUUCUUUCCCCCUUAUAAAGGGAUUACAGUACAGCUCCUCUGCAUACGAGUACAGCAGAAAGAAAGGACCCGGAUGGCCCCUCUUGCCUUUGAAAACGGGACCUUGGGACAAGUGAGGGGGCGUGCAGCCUCCAAACUGACUUGCUGGUCACAUGUAGGUAGGCACGGUCACAGUGCCAAAUGCUUUUCCCUAGUGAAAUCACUAGCCAGCCGGAUGUGGCGUGAUGUGAACCGAGCUGUGGUUUUAGCUGUAUGGACAGAAAUAGCCUAUUCAGCUGCCCAUUGACAGAUUUCCAUUUUUACGUUCUUUAAAUGCAUUUAAGGACACCAAAGAAACCUGUGUGGAACAUUUUCAAUCCUUGCUCUAUUUUGCUUGAAUGCACACUUCACUCUUCUCUCUUUUGUAUAUAAUUUUCAAGUUACACUCUUCAGAAACAUUGGCCUUCUGUUCCCUAGCACUGAUUUUUGUCACAAACUUGCUAUUUAGUGUUACUCCCAGAGGUAAAAAUAAGAGAAAAGUGUGUAACUUUACAUGGGAGUCCCAAAGGUUUGAAGAUGAGUAUAACUGAAUUCUAUUUUUUUUGUUCUCUCAGGGAAAGAAAAAAAAUGUUCUUAGAAAAUAAAAAACUGGUUUCAUUAUUAACUAUCCUUUCUUUAUAAAAGAUAACUAAUCAAAUUACAAGUGGCCUCCAGAAAAAGUGAUUCGGUGCCUAAAUUAUUUUUGUAGUUUCCAUAAUCAAAAACAUUUUGCAGAUCUUAAACUUUUUUUAAGCCAGGAAAUGUUUCUCUGCUGCAUAAAUGGGGGAUUCAUAUUCUGCAUGAGCACUUUCUCAUAUGUAAAGAGAAAGGUAUAAAGAGCAUUUACCCUUUUUAAAAAAAAAAAUUGUAAGCUGCAUGGCUUAGCAAGAGGAACACAUCUUUUGCUGUGUGGAGCAAUGGUGACGGAAGGAAUGUGUGACAUUUACGGUGUUUUAAUGAAUGUAUUUUUCUUUAAAUAAAGAAAUCCUCAAUUAAA